AUGACAGCAGUUCAGAUAUCGCAGCUGGCUUCGUUUCGAGGAAUUGGGCCAGACUGCCCUAUGGAUCUCCAAGUCGCUGGCAAUAGUAGCUAUGAUUUGCAGAAAAUAAUAUCACUCAGUAGGGAAGUGCUAAAGAAGAGUGGAAGCAGCCUAUCCGAAGGAGAAAAGCUCAAUAUACAGGAACAGUUGAUGAUUGCUCUACUCGAAACUGGCAACGUAGAAACUGCUUUCGACACCUACAAUGACAUUGCUGCGAAAUUCCCUGCUCAGAAAUCACUCAGAACUACGAGACUCUUUGGAAUGUAUCAGGAAGCAACAGGAGACCACGAUGCAGCCUUCAAAACAUAUAAAAGUGCUCUCGACAGGGACGAAACAUACCUACCCAUCAUACGUCGCGUAGUAGGUCUGAUGAUUGGUCGCGGCCAACGACCACAAGCCAUAGAGCAACUCGUCAAAUACUUGGACUCGUUUAUGCAAGAUGCUGAAGGCUGGCUACAAAUAUCUUCCCUAUAUCUAGCUGAAAACAUGUAUGCUCAAGCCUCAUUUGCUCUUGAAGAACUCAUCCUAUUACGGCCUGGAAACCAUUUAUAUCAUUUACGUUACGCUGAUGUACUGGGUACCAUGGGUAAUAACGUGUUGGCUCUGAAGCACUAUUGCAGAGCAGUAGAACUGUCUACUGAUAAUGUACGAGGAUUGUAUGGUAUGAGAAUCACUAUAUCCAAAUUAAUAGCUGCUGUGAAGGUGCCGGGAAAGAGUAGAGGGUCGGAUGCUGCUGAAGGGGCUCCGAGUCUAGAAACACUCCUAGACUUGUACAAGCUGACCGAGGAACGCUUGCAAGAUGUCUAUGGUUCGUCUGGGGCUAAAGCAACCAUCUUUUCUAUACUCAAAGCAUGGUUUAGAAGCUCGCCCAUUGUAAAAUAA